AUGAACCAAAGUCCAACAAUUUUUGUGCCAGCAAAAAGAACAGACGAGGUUGACUGGGCAACCCCCCUUAAAAGAUAUAUUCAAACAACAUAUCAAGAGGAUCCAGAAAAAUAUGCGGACGAAGCAAAUGCAAUUCAUCGUCUAAGACAGGAUAUGAGAGGUGCUGGUAAAGACGUGACUGGAAGAGAUUUAUUGUAUCGAUAUUAUAGCCAGUUAGAGUUACUUGAUUUAAGGUUUCCUGUCGAUGAGAACCAUAUUAGAGUCUCCUUUACUUGGUAUGAUGCCUUUACACAUAAAGCCACUUCUCAGUUUUCACUUGCAUAUGAAAAAGCGAGCGUAAUUUUCAAUAUUGCCUCUGUCCUAUCGGCAAUUGCUGCUUCUCAAAAUCGAUCUGAACCUGAAGGUCUAAAACGUGCUUUCCAUUUUUUUCAAGCAUCUGCUGAGAGAUACACAUAUAUAAAUGAUAACUUUUUGCAUGCUCCUUCAACCGAUUUGAGUCGUGAUACUGUGAAACUGCUUACACAACUAAUGCUUACACAAUCUCAAGAGUGUUUCUUAGAACAGAGUUUAGGGAAUAAAAAUAAACCUGCUUUAGUAGCUAAAUUAGCUGCUCAAGCUGGAUGGUCCUAUGGAAACAUUGUCGAAAAUAUGGGUGAUCUUAUAAGUCGAAGCGUAUUUGACAGGAGUUGGCUAACAGUUUGUCAGGUAAAAUAUAAAUAUCUUACGUCUAUCGCUCAAUAUCAAAAAUCUCUGGCUUGUGAAAAAGAAAGCAAAUAUGGAGAAUGUGUUAGUCGCCUAAAUAUUGCAGAAUCUUUGGCUAAGGAAGCAAAUAAACUUUCCAACAAUUUUGUAUCGGCCUUCUCACCAACUGUGACUCCAACUCUUCCUCCUGAUACUGCAAUCUCGUUACAAGAACUCACAAAGUCAAAUCUUGCACUUAUCACGGAGAAAAAAAAUUCGGCUACGAAGGAUAAUGAUAUUAUAUAUCACGAAGUUGUUCCACAGGAAAGUGUUAUUUCACCAAUAGAUAAGUUAAAUGCAGUUAAGCCAAUGCCAAUACAAGAAUUAUAUGGUGUUAAUGAGAUGCAAAAAGUAAUCGGUCAAGAUAUUUUUCAACGUCUUAUUCCAUUAUCAGUUCAUGAAUCUGCAUCUUUAUAUUCAGAAGAAAAAGCUAAAAUGGUUCGUGGUGAAACUGAGAGAUGUGAUGUUUCUAAUAGUGAAUUAGAAGCUGCUUUAGAAUAUAUGAAAUUACCAGGAGCGCUUGUAAAGUUUAAGACGAAUAAUGAAUCUACAUAUUUGAAUGAAUUUGCAUCACCCACUCUUGAAGUUAUACAGUGGUCUCAAUUAAUAAAAACGGAGGAAGAACAAAAGGGUACAAUUAAAGAGCUAUUGAUGACUUUAAAUGGCUUAAAAGGCAGAGCUAAAGAAAUUUUAGAUGAAUCCUUCAUAAUAUUAGAUAAUGAACAACGAGGUUAUGAUGGAAUGAAGGUAAAAUAUGGUAUUUUAUGGACACAACCUUCAAACACACUCACUGCAGUUUUUCAUCAAGAUUUGAAUAGCCAUAAAGGUACACUUGAAAAAGCUGCAAAUUCGGACCAACAUUUGUUUCAAAAAUAUGAUCAAUCUCUAAAUGAUAUUAUGAUUUUACGGAUGGGCGAAAAUGGAGAUGAUUUAGAAAAAAUAUUUGCAGAAACAUUAUCCUCUAUAAAUACUAAUACUGAUACGUUUGUGGGUGGUAGGAGAAUAAGCAACGCAGAAAGUUUAUUAGACGUAGAUACAUCAAAAUCUGAAGAAAAUACUAAUGUUAAAGUACAUAAGGUUGAAGCAUGUUUAGAAAAUUUAAAUAAAAUUAGGAAAGAACGAAUGGAUACAUUAAAUGAUUUGAAAGAAAAGACGCACAAAGAUGAUAUAUCCAAUAUUCUAAUCCUUAAUAAAAAGGUACAAAAUAUUGAACCACAGCUUUUUGCCACUGAGCUUGAAAAAUUCUCUCCAUAUCGAAACCGUAUAACUGCUAGCAUUCAUCAUCAGCAAGCUUUAUUGCAAGAACUCACAACUCAUUACAAAAGCUUAAUGGAAAGUGAUGAAUCAAUGACUUUGCAAUCACGGUGGGACCUUGCUGAACGGAAAAGAAAGGAAGUGUGCGAUCGAUUUAAAAAAGCAAAAGAUAAUUAUCUCGAGGUUAAAGAAGGUUUGAGGAAAGGGAUUCAGUUUUAUUCCGAUUUGACUGAAGUUAUUGAAAAUCUUUCCAAGACCUUACAUAAAUCUGCCAAAUCUCGCCAACAAGAACGUAAUGAAUUGGUACAUUCUCUUCAAGAACAACAAAUAGUCAAAAACAAAUUAAUAUCUUCAAGUAUUCCCUCUUCUAACCAAGCGAUAAACCAUUAUGAAUCUUUAAAUCAACUUGCAGAAGAUACGAAUAAAUUAUCACUUAAUAGCAAUAUCAUACCGAUUGAUAUCAAUAGGGAUUCGAGUACUUCAACAAUACCACAGACUCAAUCUAAUGUUACAAAUUUCUACAAUAAUACGUCACAUUCUUACACUUCAUCUGUUCGAAAAGAUUCUAAUACUAAUCCUUCAGCACCUCCUUAUGUUCCUAUAGCUCCUCCGAAACCAUCGGCACCAUCUACUUUAACUUUAGGUUCUUCUAAUAAUUAUUUUUCGCAAGGACCUACUUCCUUUUCCGCACAACCGUCGAUAUAUAACACACCUUCCUCUCCAAAAUUACAAGGUCCACCUUUACCUCCUUUACCUACUGGAUAUCAACAACAGAAUAUUGUUCAUAACACAUCACCAUCAAAUAUUCAACGUUCAUACCAACCCGCAUUACUAGCGGUCUCUCAAUCACAACAAACGCUACCACAACAAUCACCAAUAUUGCAUCAAAAUCAUUCUUUUAAUGGUCAAUAUACACAAUUAUCAAUACCACCUCAACCUUCUCAAGGUCAACAACAAAUUCAACAGCAUGGUUUAUCAAGUACACCAUCGCCUCCGGUGCAGCAGCCUCCUUAUUCAACAAAUUUCCAAAACUCUCAACCACCACUUACUACACCAUUACCACCGCCUCAUCAUCAAUUUCGUCAAUCAUCAUAUGAAAAUCAUGCUAGUGCAGGAUAUAAUCGGCCAACAACUUAUUAUCAGCCUCCAAUUCAAGUUGUCCAACAAGGUAACGAGGGUUAUCAUCAUCAAUCUAUGCAACAUUCAAACUAUCGACCCGCACCUGUUCAACCUGGUUAUCCUUUUCAACAACAAGAUCGCCCUCCAACCCAACAGCAAAAUAUACAACCACCACAAAAAUCAUUAUUGGAUUAG